CUAAACCCACCUGUGUUCCUCACCUCUUAUCCUCUCAAGAUACAACCCUCAAUUUCCUCAGAGAACCCAAAAAACCAAGAACAGAACUUCCCUCCGCCUUCUUCCUCCUCCUUCUUCCUUCUUUGACUAAUUAUUCUCUCUCUCUCUCUCUCUCUCUCUCUCUCUCUCUCUAUAUGGACUGCUCGCCAUCGCCAGCACAAUCCCCAAGUUUCGAUCUUGAUCGUCGCCGGAGCGAUAACCAUCACCGCCGACACCGUUGAUAUGUCACAGCCGCCGCAGCCCAUCUCCAAAAGCCACCACCACCACCACCACCUUCCGUUCCUCCGCCACCAGCCCAGCGCCACCCUCCCGGAGCUCUUCUUCACUGCCCUCUCGGUCCUCUUCCUCUUUUCCCACACCUCUUCCUCCUCCUCCUCCUCCUUUCCUCCUCCUCCUCCUCCUCCUCCUCCUCCGCUGCCGCCGCGACUAAGGCCAGAGCCCUAAAGAUCCCGUUUUUGUCUUGCCACUUGAACCCCCGGCGGUUCCUCGGGAUCCCCACCAUGUCCCGCCCCGGCCCCAAGAUCCGCCACCGCUUCGCCACCCCGCAGUCCCUCUCCGACUGGCUCAAGCCCCGGCUGCCCUCCGACUCCUUCGCCUCCUGGGGCGUCAAGCCCGGCACCAAGAACGUCCACAACCUCUGGCUCGAGAUCUCCGAGGGCGAGACCUCGCUCGCCGACUCCGUUCCCCCAAUCCGCACCGUCAGCGUCGUCUCCGUCCGCGUCGUCGGGGCCGACGGUCGGGUUCUCGUCGAGUCGCGCCAGGAGCUCUCCGACGGCAGCGUCCGCCACCGGUGCAGGCCCUUGUCGGAGAAGAUGAAGCCGAGCGAGACGCCCGAGGUGGCGGUGAUCAGGGCCGUGAGGGAAGAACUGGGAUCGGUGAUUCGGGCGGAGGUCGGGAAUAUUGGGGAUGUGGUGAGGAUUGUUCCGGGAUCAUAUAAGAUGAAAGUGGAGGAGAGGAAUUCAUUGUCUUAUCCGGGAUUGCCGGCCUGUUACAUGCUGCACUCGUUUGAGGUGGAGGUCGAUGGGUUGCCGGAGGAGGCAGAGUUCUGCACGGAGGAGGAAGAGGAAUAUGAAGGUAGCGGUGAUGCAGGUGUUGCGAACGGAGCGGUUUCCGUGAAGAGGCAUUACUGGAAAUGGGUGGGUGCUGAUUCUAUUGAAUCUUGAAAGUUUAGUUUUUGGUGGGAGGGUUGGGAGGAGUUUUGGCUCUUCAAUUUGACAAUUUUGGUGUUUUUUUUAGCUUUCUUUCUUUCUUUCUUUUCUUGCUUUUAUGUAUACGAUAGAGAAUAAGACACGAUUCGAUAAUGUAUGAGGUUGAGCCUUACGUGAGCUCGUCAAGAUGGUUGUGCUCUGGUGAUAACUUGUAUCUUCAGAUGAAGAGUUAUGGUUGUACAGAGCUGCUUGUUUAGCUCAUAUGAGCCUGAUGUAAAAUCGCUCAUGACAUCUUAUUUAGUGAUAUGAUGAGCUUCAGUAAUGUGAUUCUUUAUGUUCUCA